GCAAACACGUCACGCACCACGUCAGAAGCGCCCCCGGUUUCUCGCUGCCUCCACCGGACCGGUCCGUCCCCCACUCCGACGAAGAACUCCACUCUGCACAGCCAGCACCUCACCUCGAUGAUGCAUCCGCUCCGCCGAUUCCUCCUCCUCCUCCUCCUCCUCCUCGUCGGCCUCCUCCCCGCGGCCGUGUGGUCCCUGGCACCGCCCCGAUUCCCGAGGCACCAGCACCGCUCGCGGCCGGGAGUUAAUGGGGUGGGGGACUACGAGUACGAGACGCGAUACUUCCGGCAGCGGUUGGACCACUUCAGCUUUCCCGGGGUCGCGGACGAGGACGAGGCGGCGGCGUUCUUCCAGCAGCGGUACCUGGUGGGCCGCGGCGGUGGGUGGGCCGGACCCGGCGGCCCCAUCUUCUUCUACUGCGGCAACGAGGGCGACAUCGCCUGGUUCGCCUCCAACUCCGGCCUCGUCUGGGAGGCCGCCCCGCGCUUCGCCGCCCUCGUCGUCUUCGCCGAGCAUCGCUACUACGGAGAGUCCAUGCCGUUUGGUAGCAAAGCUAAGGCGUACAAUGACUCCAAGUCCCUAGCGUAUCUCACGGCCGAGCAGGCGCUUGCUGACUUCGCUGUGCUCCUCACUGACCUCAAGCGGAACCUAUCUGCAGAGGGCAGCCCCGUCGUGCUCUUUGGGGGCUCAUAUGGUGGAAUGCUAGCUGCUUGGAUGAGACUCAAGUAUCCCCAUAUUUCUGUUGGAGCUCUCUCAUCAUCAGCACCAAUACUGCAGUUUGAGGACAUUGUUCCUUCUACUAUUUUCUAUGAUCUCGUAUCGGAUGAUUUUAGGAGGGAAAGUUUAAGCUGCUUUCUUACAAUAAAAGACUCCUGGAAAGAAUUAGAUGACCAAGGAAACGAGCAAGGUGGUCUUCUGAAACUAAGCAAAACAUUUCACCUUUGCCAGACCUUGAAAACAAGCGGAGACCUUUCAGAUUGGUUGAGCUCUGCGUACAGUUAUCUGGCCAUGGUGGAUUACCCACUUCCAUCAGAAUUUCUCAUGCCUUUGCCAGCCAAUCCUAUUAAAGAAGUAUGCAGAAAUAUCGACAGUCAACCUGAGGGUACUAGUACUCUGGAACGCAUAUAUGCAGGAGUAAAUGUAUACUACAAUUAUACUGGCACAGUUGGCUGCUUUGAUCUAAAUGAUGAUCCCCAUGGAAUGGGUGGAUGGGAUUGGCAGGCUUGUACCGAGAUGGUAAUGCCAAUGUCUUACAGUGAAGGCAGGAGCAUGUAUCCACCAUAUAAAUUUGACUAUCCUUCCUAUGCUGAUGGGUGCAUCAAAAGCUAUGGUGUCAGGCCAAGGCCUCGGUGGAUCACAACAGAGUUUGGUGGGCAUAAUAUCACUACGGUCCUGGAAAAGUUUGGUAGUAACAUCAUAUUCUUCAAUGGGCUCCUUGACCCGUGGAGUGGCGGAGGUGUCUUGAAGAACAUAUCUGAGAGUGUCAUUGCAAUUGUGGCUCCAUUAGGAGCACACCACAUCGAUCUGCGCCCCGCAACUCCAGACGACCCAGAUUGGCUGGUGGCCCUGAGAGAAUCAGAGCUGAAGAUCAUCUCUGGCUGGUUAUCGGAUUACUACGGGGCGGGAGGGGCGGUCUUCCAGCCUGUAGCUGCCAAGGGCUCCUCUUCAUCCUAAGGAACCACACACUGGCCAAAUUGAAAUGCCCGAUCUCAGAAAUAAAGAGGGCCGAUUCGCGUUGCUGUGAGUGACAACCACCGUCACUGCUGCAGUGCGGCGUCAUGAAGAACGAAGAUCCUCGUAUUGAUUCGGAUACUGAAUCGGCUCCGGCUCCUGCAUCAUGUGCCAUUUCAGUAGCAUUGUUCUGUAUAUAUGGCGCGUGCACAUGGCUGAUAAGAGUGAUUAACUGAUAAGGUUAGGAAAAAACACUGGAUAACGUAACGUCGUAACGACUCUUUCACAGUGGUAGUGGUGGUCAGGUACUCUCUGCUGGAUGGAGGUCUGACGCCAUGUGCCGUGCCGCUGUAAAUAACGUAAUGCUCCAUUUUUUUUUUUGUUCUUUGGCCU